AUGUCACCACAUCGAGUCGACCAAGGGGGCAUCCCGCUCGUCUGCUACGCUUGCGAAAAGAUUCCAAAGUUCUCCGACCUUUCGCAUCUAAUCACACACGUCAGCUCAAAGGCUCACUUACUUGAGCUUUACAACCUACGCAUCAAAAGUUAUGGCAAUGAAGCGUGUGCUGCCCAAGCGCGCAAGUUUGAGAACUGGAACCAGACAUACAACAUUGAUCAGCUAGUCCGACAGCGCAUGGAGGCGAGAGAUGAGAAAGGAAUCCAGCCUCAACGACGCGGCCAUGCUCAAAAAGACGAGGCAUCUGGUCGAUCGGCCACACGACGUGGCACCCGCGGUACUCGCGGCCGUCGUGGUAAUGCAAACACACGUGGCCGAAGUCGUAAAGCCACUAACCUUAUAGAUGUUAAACGAGAACUGGAUGACAACUUGAGUUUUGGGGACAGUUAUGAGGACAUACAGAGUCCUUCAAUUGAUUCUUGGCAGAAUAAUCUUAACCCACCACUUCUGCCCCAAGACGAGGAUCUAGACCUCAUACCACAGGCAAACUUCGAAGACUGGGGGGGUGAAGACGAACUCGUAAAGUAUGAUUCCUCAGAAGAUGAAAGUUCCUACCCGUCAGAGAACCUCACUGAGGCAACAGAUGUCCAUGAGAACGAUAUGGGCAGUCUAAGUCUCAAAGGCGUGAUAUUUCCUGGUAUGGGCCUUUUCGACGCCGCUAAGGAGGAACAACGGCGCAAGAGAAACCAGCGCAAGCCUCCUGCUGUUCUUCUGCAACUGGAGCUCAACUCCACAAUGGUUACAACGCAGGAAGAUGUUUAUGACGGCAAUCUCGAUUAUCAACGAUCGAGGGAUGUUUAUGACGAGCCAUCUGUUGAUGGGAGCGAGGAUGAAGAUGACGUAGAGAGAAAGCCGAAACGCCGAAACGCCCAAGCGCAUACAACGUUGGGUUCCAAGAGGAUGAAGCACCGACAUGAUACUCGCGGCCCGCGUGCUACUCGUGUAUUGACACGGGCUUCGCAACGUCUCACAUCGGCGGAAGAUUACAUUCCGCCCACGCACAGCCGAGCUUCGAACACCGGGGGGAGGAUCGUGAGACCUGCUGCCAACCGCAAUUCAGUGUCACAGGCCCAGUUACCACUUCAUAAUCAUGGGUUUCAGGGUGAAGGGGCCUUGUUCUACGAUCCGGUGAUGGAAAAUGAUCUAGGUUGGGCGCAACCCGAUCUAUUUGCCGGUGACAUUCCGGCUGACAUUCUACAGCAGAUGCCGCCGAUACCCUCCCUGGUAGAAGAAGGCGGCAGUGAGUCAUUGCUAAUGCCCCACUUCCUAUAUACUGGGCUCACAUACAUUGACAGUAACGCCGACCUACCGGGCUUGGCUCUGCGGCCGGGCAACCCGAAUCUGCCGUUUGCGUCUUCGAAUCCGAGUUUCAAGCAAUCUACCUCGGCGCAUUUUCUCGGAAAAGAGAAUAAUAACUUAGGGCAAAAACCAUCGAACCCUUACUUACAACAUAUUGGUCCCGGUGAUACUCAUAACCCCCUGUAUCAGGACGGACUAGCGUUUCGCAUGUACGAACCGCACGAAGAGGAGGCCAAGCUGCCGACGGGAUUCAACCCUGUCAAUAGUCACAGCGGAUUCAACUCUUUACAGAUGCAGACUCAGCACGGUACCACCUAUGCCGCUAAUCAAGCUGUCAGCGAAGAAUACGCGCCUUAA